AAAUAAAUAAAGCCAGUGUGUUAUAUAUGUGUGAAGUAAAUAGAAGGCUUCACGGGAGUUGAUUCACUCUAUUUAAGACAGGAAAACAAAACCAAGUGGAGGAACAAAGUAUUCAUUUUUGUUGGCAUAUUUUUUCCACCUAUCAACUGUUAGCUUGCUAACUUGUCCUAAAGCUGUCACCAUGUCUUAUUUCUCCUCUCCUCCUCCUCCAAUUCUCACAUUCUUCAUCUUUCUUCUCUCACUACUCUCUCUCUCCUUAUCCAAUGCUGCUCUAACCACCACUCCCAAAGUUAGCGCCAGGUAUCAAUUAUCGGUCGAUUACUAUGCUAAGAAAUGCCCACAGCUUGAUCAACUCGUAGCUUCCGUUACUUCACAGCAGUUCCAAGAAGCCCCAAUUUCCGGGCCCGCCACUAUUCGACUCUUCUUCCACGACUGCUUCGUCGAAGGGUGUGAUGCAUCGAUAUUGAUUUCGUCGAAACCCGGAAAUAAAGAAUUAGCUGAAAGAGAUGCAGAGGAAAACAAGGAUAUGGCACCAGAUGCUUAUGACAGCAUAAACAAGGCUAAGUCAUUGGUUGAGAGCAAGUGCCCUGGAGUUGUGUCCUGUGCCGACAUUCUUGCCAUUGCAGCCAGAGAUUUUGUCCAUUUGGCUGGAGGUCCAUAUUAUCAAGUGAAGAAAGGGAGAUGGGACGGAAAACUUUCGAUGGCGUCUCGAGUUCAAUCCAAUCUUCCACGAUCAAACUCAACCGUAGACGAACUUAUCAAGCUCUUCAAGUCGAAAGGGUUAACAAUCGAAGACCUAGUUAUCCUAUCCGGGGCCCACACCAUAGGUUUCGCGCACUGCAAGCACUUUGUGAGCCGGUUAUACGACUACAAAGGCACGAAGCAACCCGAUCCUUCGGUCGAUCCAAGACUGCUCAAGGCACUCAAAAUGUCGUGCCCGAACUACGGAGGGAAUACGGAUAUCGUGGCGCCGUUUGAUGUGACGACUCCGUUCUCGUUCGACAACGCUUAUUACGGGAAUUUGGAGGCUAAAAUGGGAUUACUUGCCUCUGAUCAAGCACUGUUUGUUGAUCCUAGGACUAAUGGUUUGGUUCAGACAAUGGCUAAGGAUAAGCAGAAGUUCUUUCAGGCGUUUGCUUUGGCUAUGGAGAAAAUGGGGUCUAUUGGUGUUAAGAGAGGGAGAAGGCAUGGGGAGAAAAGAAAAGAUUGUAGUGUUCAUAUGGGAUGAUAAUUAAUUAAUUAUUAUUAAGUUUA